CCAUCACUUCCUGUUGUGGGCAGUCGUUUCCUGUCACUGCUAGGUAACAAUGGGGAAGAUAAUGGCUGCUUGAGCUACGUCUCCGAGCGGGGCCUGGGCUAGAAGGGGGGUUCUCUGCAGGGGUUCGGAAGCAACCUAGAGAGCAGCGUGGGUGGCGGCGGCGGCUGCGCGGCGGAGCCCGGUGGCGGUCCGUGAGUCCAGUGAGUCCGCUCCUGGCCGGAACACCGAAGCAGAGUGAAGAAAGUUAAAAUCCAGUUUGUUGGAUUUCAGUACUAUGUCAUAAAAGACAGUUAAUUUUCAACUUGUUCAUUAAGAUGGAAAGCUCAGAUUCUAACGACAAAGGAAAUGACCAAUCUGCAGCACAACGCAGAAGUCAGAUGGAUCGAUUGGAUCGGGAAGAAGCGUUCUAUCAAUUUGUAAAUAAUCUGAGUGAAGAAGAUUACAGACUUAUGAGAGACAACAAUUUGCUAGGCACGCCAGGUGAAAGUACUGAAGAAGAGUUGCUCAGAAGACUCCAACAAAUCAAAGAGGGCCCACCACCGCAGAGCUCAGAUGAAAAUCGAGGUGGAGACACUUCAGAUGAUGUGUCCAACGGUGAUUCUAUAAUAGAUUGGCUUAACUCUGUCAGACAGACUGGAAAUACAACAAGAAGUGGUCAGAGAGGAAACCAGUCCUGGAGGGCAGUGAGCCGGACAAAUCCAAACAGUGGUGAUUUCAGAUUCAGUUUAGAGAUAAAUGUUAACCGUAAUAAUGGAAGCCAAACUCCAGAGAAUGAAAAUGAACCAUCUACUCGACGUCUUAGUGUAGAAAACAUGGAAAACAGCAGCCAAAGGCAAAUGGAAAAUCCCACAUCGGAAUCAAUAUCUACCAGACCAUCUAGGUCAGAACGCAAUUCAUCUGAAGCAUUAACAGAAGUGCCAUUCACCAGAGGUCAGAGGAGGGCAAGAAGCCGCAGCCCGGAACACCGAAGAACUAGAGCAAGAGCUGAAAGAAGUAGAUCACCUCUACAUCCAACAAGCGAACUUCCACGAAGAUCUCAUCAUAGUAUCUCCUCCCAGAGUUUUGAACACCCUUUGGGAAAUGAGACUGAAGGAAGUUCUCGAACCCGGCACCACGUGACUUUGAGACAACAGAUAACUGGACCUGAGUUGCUAGGUAGAGGUCUUUUCGCCGCUUCUGGGUCAAGAAAUGCCUCUCAAGGAACAAGUUCAUCAGACACAGGUAGCAAUGGUGAAUCCGCAGGAUCUGGACAAAGACCUCCAACCAUAGUCCUUGAUCUUCAAGUAAGAAGAGUUCGUCCUGGAGAAUACCGGCAGAGAGAUAGCAUAGCUAGCAGAACUCGGUCCAGAUCUCAGACUCCAAACAACACAGUCACUUACGAAAGUGAACGUGGAGGUUUUAGACGCACUUUCUCACGUUCUGAACGUGCAGGUGUGAGAACCUAUGUCAGUACUAUCAGGAUCCCCAUUCGUAGAAUAUUAAAUACUGGAUUAAGUGAAACUACAUCUGUUGCCAUUCAAACCAUGUUAAGGCAGAUAAUGACAGGUUUUGGUGAGCUAAGCUACUUUAUGUACAGUGACAGUGAUUCAGAGCCUAGUGCCUCAGUCCCUGGUCGAAAUACGGAGAGAAUAGAGUCACGGAAUGGAAGAGGGAGCUCUGGUGGUGGUAACAGCUCUGGUUUGGGUUUCAGCUCCAGCCCUAGCCCCAGUUCCAGUGGUGAAAGUUCAGAAAGUAGCUCAGAGAUGUUCGAAGGCAGUAAUGAAGGAAGCUCAUCUGGCCCAUCAGGCUCCAGAAGAGAUGGUCGACAUAGGGCCCCAGUGGCAUUUGAUGAAAGUGGCUCCUUGCCAUUCCUUAGUCUGGCACAGUUUUUUCUCUUAAAUGAGGACGAUGAUGACCAACCUAGAGGACUCACCAAAGAACAGAUCGACAACUUGGCAAUGAGAAAUUUCGGUGAAAACGAUGCAUUGAAGACGUGUAGUGUUUGCAUUACAGAAUAUACAGAAGGCAACAAACUUCGUAAACUACCUUGCUCCCAUGAGUACCACGUCCACUGCAUCGACCGCUGGUUAUCAGAGAAUUCCACCUGUCCCAUUUGUCGCAGGGCAGUCUUAUCUUCCGGGAACAGAGAAAGUGUUGUGUAAUGAGAACAAAACUCUCAGCUAUAUAGCUGUAAUAGUGACAGGCAAACAGAAAUCACUUGCUUUAUCUCCACUUUUUGAGUGGUGCUUAAAUAUAAAGUCACAACCUGAAUUGAGUCAUUGCUUUCUUUUAGAACCAUGUCUUUUCUCUAGUUUCUCUUUCAGGAUGGAAAGAAUAUUUUAAAAGCAACGUUUCAGGACUUAAACGUUUGAUUUUGGUACCAGAUAAAUUGCUAACCUGUUACUGAUAAUUUUACCCAUGUACACUUGUCAGCUUUUUCUUUGUUAUCUUAAGGUCUGCCUUAGCAGUGGCUCCUUUCUAUAUCAUGUUGAUCUAUUUUUAAAGUUUCCCAGGCCAUAAGAAAGGCAUGAAGAAAAUUCCCACUCAAGACUAAGUUCCAUUAUGUUUUGGAAGUGAUUAAUUAAAACUAUACCAUUCCCAGUUAUUAAUUGAUACAAAUUCAUUCACAUUCUGAAUAUUGUUUGUUCACCUUCCAGAUUUAGGUGAUGAUGGACAUAUCAGUGUAAAUAACACUAAACAGUUAGGAUCUUCUAAGUGUAUUAACUGUCCUAAGCCCAUCACUGUGGCACACAAUAGAGUGAACUUAUAGUUUAAUUGAAAUAUUUAUCUUGUGGAAAUAUUAAAAAGCUUAUGCUUGUGUAAGUGAAAAAAAAAAUCACAUUCAUUUGUUUAAAAAUGUAAAGCUAUUUUGUAGAGGCUCAGUACUUUUCCAAUGCACUGUUGUAUUAAUGCAUUCAAAAUUGUAAAGUACCAUGCUUAGAAAUGAGAACCGCUUUUUGUGAGCCAGCAUAGUAAAACAAACACACCGAACAAAGUACAAAACUGCUUUUGUAAGUGUGUAGAUGUCAAGAGCAGAACAUAUCUACAUUUAAUGUAUUUGUGAACAGUUACUUUUGACAUGAAAAGGAUCGUGCAGAAUCAAACUGCAUUAAAGACCAGUGAAGACCAUAUGUUUUAACUUGGAUUAGGCAGGAAGUAAUAGGUGAGGGUAAAGAAGAACACUAAAGAAUGGAACUUUUGCAUGAAGACAGUAAUGUAGACAUGAACUGGUUUAAUAUGGUGAAAGCCACAGCACUUGACCCAGUAUUCUAGUUGAAUAGGUGACUCGGAAGAUCAGUAAAUUUGGCAAAGCUUUCUUUGGUGUAUGGAAAAAAAAACCCACUACCACUUCACAAAAGUUAAAUUGAUGUUUUACAAUCUGCUCCUUAAAGAAAAAAAGUGGAGGAAAUAGAUUUUUAAACCAAUUUUAAAGUAAGGAUUUCAGUUGGUACAGAUGGGUGUGCUAUUGGAAAAGGCUCGGAUUUGCUUGCUUUCAAGAUUUAUCAUGUAAGGUACUAGUGCACACUUGUUGAUAUUUUAUUGCUAUGUCUCGCAGAUCUAACAGACCACAUUUAGAGACCUAUUGAAUUGAGAGAUUUAUCUUUUCUUGAAAGUGAGUCAUAUUUGAAUUCAAAUUUAGCUGUGUUGCCUCAUAUUUAAAGAUGAAAUGGCUGGUUCCCAUCUAUGGACAAGCACUUUAUUGUUGUUUUUAAUAAUAAUAAUAAUAAUAAUAAUAGCUUUUAUUAACCCCAGUCCUCUUGCCUCAUAUUUCUUUUGAAGCUGAUUGGGGUUAAGAUUAGUCUGGUUGUGGAGCAGAUUUUAAAAUCUCUGGGGAAAGCUUAACAGGCCAGAAGAGAAGCUGGACAGAACACACACAUCCUUGACCUUUAACAAAUGAGCUAACUACCCCCAUUAGUCCAGUACUCUAGAAAAUUUUUACACAGAUCUGCUUUAGGAAUUACCUAUUUACCCUCACUGAUACGGCCUUAGCAGUAAAGAUUAUUUCAAAGUUCAUUCUUUCAUGUUGUCUUCUGGCUUUCAAUCCUACUUAAGUAUCAAAGAAAUUAAAUUGUAAAUAGGGUAGUUGUUUACAAAGGAUAUGUACUGCUCUUGCAAGGAAAAAUGUCCAAACAAAAGUCAGGGUUCCUUUAUAUUUGUGAGCCUCCCUGUCACCUUUCUAUGGUUUUCAGAUCUGCAGGAUAAUCCUGAUUAGCUAAAAACACAAGUCCAUUUUCCUGUUAGUAAAAUGCUCCAUUUUAGGGUUGUUCAUUUUUUUUAUAGCUCAAAAACAGCUGCAGCACAUUCUAAACAGUUACUGACAAUAGGCACCUCCCUAACCUCCCCAAACAUAUUACUCAUUUGUGAAGUGUUAAAGUCAGAGGUAACUCAAGCAGGAUGCUGGUUAUUAAUAUAGAUGUUGAAGCUAUUCAAAAAACACUGGAAAUCAGUCUUUACAUUUUUAGCCUUCAGUAGAACGCACAUGUUUGACAUGCGUGUGUGCCCUUUCAAAUAGCACUCAUAUCCAUUGGGUUGUGUAGGAUGAAUACAAGCAUUUUUUAGUGGGAGUACUUCUUUUAUUUUACAAAGUCCAUGACUAUUCUGUAUUACUAGUGUUGCAGAUGUUAAAAAUAAGGUGGUUCGUAUAGGUGUCAGGUGUACUAGGAACAGAAAUCUUUUUCCUCACCAGUGUCCAAACACUUACUCUUGAGGGAAUAUUUUCUUGCGAAAGGCUUUUACAUUUCACUUUGUAUCUUUGCACUUUUUCUUUAUUAAUAGAAAGGUUCUGUCUUUAAGACCUACUUUGAACUUCAUGCAGUAAUAGUGUUGGGAGAUUACAUUUUUUCAAAGCAUAGGGGAAAGUACUAAAGCCUGAUUUUCCUUGAAUAUUUCAAAUGUUUUUUAAUCCACUUACUAGUGUAAAGGUUUACAGUGUUUUGUUUUAUUCCACACAGCUUACAAUGUUGAGAUGUAUUAGUGCUGAAAACAAAAUUGAACAAGUUAAAAAAUGGCAGACUACUCACAUUAACAUAGAAGAGAGCUAUGAUGGGAAUUUGGAACAUUUUCUCUGAAAAGAACAUGUUAGUUGUACCUCCAUGUUAAUGGAGAUGUCAUUGGUGGGGAGAAGGAGGAGCUCACUCACUAGUGUUGGAACAGAUUGAGAAAGAAGCUAGUGUCAGGAGAUACAGUCUUUAGGGACACAAUUGUUAGAAUCCAUCCAAGCUAGGAAACAGCUUAGCUCUGUUAUCUUAAGCAAUGGGGUUUUAUUGUUACUAUUAUUAUUGUUCUUUUUUUCCCCUCUCUUGGGGAAACUUCAUUUCUGUGCCAAGUAUUCUCUGCUUUUGUUGAUGUCUUAUGUUUAUGAAGGGUUAGCAUUUAGCAUGCUUUUGUAUUUAACCACCAGCUUCUAUAGUCAGUUCUCCAAAUACCCACAUGAUAAAGCGGUCAAUGUUGCAAAAUGACAGUUUUGCUAGAAUACAGUGGCACCUUGUGGUUGGCAUUUUUUUUUUAACAGAUGUAGUAUACUCUUAAUUCUUUUGUGAAAAAAAAAAUUGUAAUCUGCCUUAGUUGAUUUGUUUAAUGGUUUUUGUUUUUGUUUUCUGACUGGCUUUCCUGUCACAUGUCUUACCAAAAAUACACAGUACAUGGAAGCCACCUUUGCAGGGCACUUGAGUUUUUUGUUAAUCUUUUAAGACUGUUCUGAUUGUCACUGUCUGGAGUAUUCUUUCUGUACCUUUGUAACGGGGUGGUGAAGGCACAUGUGAAGAUGUCUUUUUUCCUCCUUUAGUACAGGUCAGUAUGUUUGAUGCCCAGUAACAGUGUUGUAAUUGACUUAACUAGCAAAUGGUUAUUUUAAAAAAAUUAUUUUUAAAUGUAUAUUGAUGUAUCAUGCUUGGGAAGUUAAAAGUGCAAAGUCUGAGGUAAGAGUUAUUUCUAAGUCACAUUUUAAACAAAUAAAAACAGCUGUGAGCUCAAUAUCUGCCCUUUACAUUUUUUUUUUAGCAUUCUGAAUUCCUUUUUUGAGGUGGGGUCUUGCUGUGCACUCUUAGCUAGCCUGGAACUCUGUGUACCUGGCUGGCUUCAAAUUUGUGGCAGGCCUUAUGCCUCUGUCUCCUGAAUAUUGGGAACGCAGGUACUUGUCACCAAACCCAGUUCAGCUCUCUGGAAAUUAAGAUUCCUUUACCUUCACUGGGGUGUUUCUAAAAUAGACUAUCCAACACUUCAGGAAGUGGGUGGCCUCAUCUAAGUCACCAUAGUUCGUAUCUAAAUACCUACAGCUUAGAAUAAAACUACUACCAGGGAUUUUAAGUAUCAGUUUUAUGAUUUUUUUUCAUGUGUAUAUACAUGUCUGGAUUCAAAUCUUAAGAAGUUGUCAACCACUCAGAAUUACAGUGGGGUACAUGGGACUUUUUUGUGUUGGGUCAUUUUGAGAGGGUUUCAUUUUUGUACCCCAGGCUGGCCUGGAAUUAGUGAUCCUCCUGGUUGCUUGGAUUAUGGAUGUAUGUCAGCGUUACCCAGCAAGACUUUGUUUGCUGAAGUCCCACAGCUGCUUUGUAGACAUUUGGGUAAAGCAGCUAGCUACCUAGAGAUGGGCAGUGAAAGUGAACCCUGUCAUACCACUGUGCCUUGUUUCAAGAUUUUUUUUUUCUCAGUUCUUAAAGAUUGUUUCCAGUUCCAAGAUAUAGUCAAGUCGGCUGUGCAGCCUUAACUCUGUUCAGUGCCCUGUUACUCACAUUUUUUUAGCAGGUUGGUUUCUACAUACGUAAACUGUCCAGCAUUUGGAUUUUACCUCUUGAUAGUUGCUUUUUUUUUUAAAGGUAUAGGGCCCUGUGGGGUCCAGUAGAGUAGGUUCACAGUUGGCUGUGUUAUGGACCUAUGUCUGUCUUCUCCCAUGAAAAGAUGCUUUGGCAUAGAUAUUUACUUGGGUUCCUGCAAAGAACUGGGCAGCAAUCCCGAAGAGCUCUGUAAAGCCUGUAAGACUCUGUGCAUACUGCGUAAAGACUAAAGUGAUUGUCAUACCAGGGCUUCCCGACCUCUGGGAAACAUUUUCAAAAGCAACAGGAGCACAAAGGCGGGGUGGGGGAGUGAAUUUGGCUUGCUUUGUCUGGUUUCUUCUUUCCUUACCAUUUAAACCUGAAUGGAACACCCUUCUCCAGAAUCCAAUCCAGCCAACUCCUGGUUGGGAAGCCCUGUGUUAAAUUUUGAGAAUGUACCCAACAUUUGGUACAGUGCUUGACACCUGCUAAGAUUUAACUUGUUUAAUGCAGAACAAGACCUUCAAAGGUCAGUCAUUAAAUCUGGUUUGAUUAUUAAUAGCUAUCUUUUAGGAAGAAGCUUUUUCCCUAUGUUCAAUGUCAUACCGCAGACUUAAAAUAUAGACUAUCAAUAAAAUGCAUGAAGUAA